AUGCUAGUCCUCAGGUUCCUCAAUGUGGUGGCUCCAGCCUACUUCCUGUGCAUCUCUGCAGUGACCUUCGUCCUCCAGAUCUUCCUCUUCAUCCCCAGCAUGUUUAAAGAUCCUUCCACCACCCCUCUGUUCUCCUCCGCUCUGCUGCACGGAGCCCUCUUCCUCUUCCUCUCAGCCAAUGCUCUGGGCAACUACAUCCUGGUGAUACAAAACUCGCCAGAGGAUCUCAGCAAGGGCUCGAACUCGGGCCCAGGAGGCGAAGCAGUGGCCAACUGGCCGGAUGGAAGCAGGACCUCUGGUGCAGCUUUGCCUGGCACCCACUUCUGUAGACUAUGUGCCAGAGUAACUCAAAGGCAUGACCAUCACUGUUUCUUCACAGGGAACUGCAUUGGUAGCAGGAACAUGCGGAACUUCGUCAUGUUCUGUCUGUACACCUCUUUGGCUUGCCUCGAUUCUCUUGUGGCUGGGGUGGCUUACAUUUCGGCUGUGCUCUCGACAUCCUUUGCCAGCCCGUUGGCUUUUCUUACUCUCCUGCCUCAUUCCAUCAGCCAGUUCUUCUCAGGAGCUCUUCUUAGCUCCGAAAUGUUUGUCAUCCUCAUGCUAUACCUCUGGCUAGGAAUUGGACUCGCCUGCGCCGGCUUCUGUUGCCACCAAAUGCUGCUGAUCUUGCGAGGACAAACCCGAUACCAAGUACGGAAGGGGACAGUGGCACGACCCCGGCCCUGGAGGAAGAACCUGCAGGAGGUCUUUGGGAAGAGGUGGUUGCUUGGACUUCUCAUCCCUGUGCUCAACGUUGGAAGUGACUAUCACAGGCAGAAGGAGAAGUGA